UUUUUUUUUAAUUUAUUUCAAUGGAUACAACAAGCAUAAGGGAUUUAACGGUCGAUUUCGCAAUUAAAUUGAAGCAAUCAUCCCUGCUGUGGCUGGAGGGUUUCAGAGAAGCUUGCUGCCUUCACCGCGUCGUCAUAUAUUGUCUCAGGUCAAGAGAGCUUGCAAUCCGCACUGGGCAGUGUUUUCUGUUGAAUGGCUUCAUUUUUUUGGGAAGUAUAUUAGUUCUGAGAUCUCUAGUCAUUCCCACACUGCAGUGGGUGUUGCCCGAUGGAUGUCCAGAUAUGGAUUCUCAAGAAACGUGUCCGUAUGGAAGUAUAUUCAGAUUCUACCCCUUCUUACGACAUGGAUAGAUCCAACUCUUCUAUGUAUUCUGGUUCUACCCUAUGUACAUAUCCAGCUUUAUUCUUAGCACCAUCUGGUAUAACGAUAUAGCAAAGUACGGAUUUUUCGCAAUCGAGAAGUAUGGGUCAAAAUCAUCUGACCAGAAAGAUAAGAAUGCCACUGAUAAGGCGGCUGACAUUGAGGGUGUAAUGAUUGGGAUAGCUGAACAGGUGUACUCGGUUCUUCUAUUGAGUUUCUUCUUCUUGGAGGUAUAUGUUACUGGAUUCAUUCCCUACAUCGGAAAGGCAGUGAACUUUUUGCUCCUUUCAUGGAUGUAUGCUUAUUAUUGUUUCGAGUACAAAUGGAAUUAUUCGGGUCUGAGUUUGGACAAAAGGCUGGACUUCUUCGAAUCCAACUGGCCUUUUUUUGCUGGUUUUGGGAGCCCGUGUGUUUUAUCGGCGUUCUUUUUCUCUCCUCUUGUUAGCUAUGGGGUUAUGGCUAUAUUAUAUCCAUUAUUUGUACUAACUGCCACAGGCUCAGAGGCAGACAAAGUCAUUGCUUCUCAGAGAAACAAAUGGAAAGAUACAACAGAAUUUGGAAGGAUUCCGAUAUUCGUUUCUGCAAAUUACGUAUCGAUGAAAUUGUUGUCUUUAUUUCCCAUUGAGCCUCGUCAGAAAGUAAAUGACGAGAAAGCCCUUUGACCGUCGUCCGAAAAGUUGGUGAGCUGUCGAAAAAUUUGAACCCGUAAAUUAAUCAAGAUCAAGAAAGCUUAAUCAAUCAGCUUUUGGAGAUUUAAUCUUUAUGCAUCAUCUGUAUAUAGUAAUAUCAGCGCUUUUUUUUUUUUCGUAUUCGUAUUUAUCGUGUAUAUAACUUUGGCGGGCAAGAAAUCGAGCAAACGUUUGAUGAGAGAAAAGCACCUUGGAUCAAAAUGUACAUAAAAAAUUGUUUUUUUUUUCUCAUCUCUCGUUCAUGAAGUUUGUAAAUUGGGUGUGAAAUAUGCAAAUAUUAAUAGAUGAUGAGUUUCACAUUGA